AUGCCCUCAACACCAGGGACAGAAGUGCCCGCCGAAAAAGCAGAGGACAACACCUCCAACGGCACAACAACCCCAAACGAUGUCCCAUACUCCGGAGACACAGACGUCGAAAGCCAAGCCAUCCAAACAGCCGAAGCACCCAAGGACCUCAUUCGCGAAGAAGAAUGGGCAAAAGAGCCCUCCAAUCCAAUCAACUGGCCGGCAUGGAGAAAAGUAAUGCUCAUCUCCUGCAUAUCAUCAAUGGGCUUCAUGGCCUCAGCAGGAACUUCGAUCCUCAGCCCGGCAAGAUCGCAGCUGAUGCAAGAAUUCAACGUCAGCAGCACGGUGGCCAUCCUCCCUGUCGCGCUGUACGUCUUCGCCCUUGGUUUUGGCCCCAUCAUCGGCGGUCCGUUGUCCGAAACGGUCGGUCGUCUGCCAAUUUACGUCUUUACCAUGCCGCUUGGCUCACUGUUUGCUCUGGGCGCCGGAUUCACGCAUAGCUUCGCGGUGUUAUGCUUUUGCAGGUUCAUGAGUGGCUUCUGCUGGUCGCCUGUGUUGGCUGUUCCUUCGGCGUCGAUUUCGGAGACUUUUGCGCCUAAGUCAAGGGGGCCAGCUUCUGCGGUGUUUAUUCUCAUGCCGUUUUUGGGGCCUGGAUUGGGACCAGUUAUGGGCUCAUUCAUCGUCAGCAGAAAAGGGUGGCGCUGGACACAAUGGACGCUAAUCUUCUUCGCCAUCUUCUGCAUGAUUCAACUGCCGUUUAUUCGAGAGACAUUCUACCCCAAGGUCAAGAGACGACUCGCCAAGAAGAAGGGUCUCAAGGUACCUCCCAAGGUUCCUCUCCGCGACAAACUCUCGCUGUUUGCUCGCGUCGCCGUCAUCCGACCCAUUCACAUGCUCUUUGCCGAGCCCAUCGUCACAUUUCUCUGCCUCUACAUCGCCGUCAACUUUGGCAUUCUUUUCAGUUUCUUCGCCGGAGUCCCGUACACAUUCACCCUAGUAUACCACUUUAGCCUCGAAUCCUCCGGCCUUGUAUUCUUGUCGAUUGCGACGGGCUGUAUUGUCGGCUUCUUGACCAUUAUUCUCUGCGACGUCUUCAUCUAUCGCAAAAAGAUCAAGUUGUAUCCGCCUCUCAAAACGCCUCCCGAGCACCGACUUUACCCUGCUAUGAUUGGCAGCCUGGGUCUUCCGAUUGGACUCUUUUGGUAUGCCUGGUCUGCGAGGGCAAGCGUCAGCUGGGCUAGUCCUGUUGUUGCCAUUUUCCCAUUCGCUUGGGGAAAUCUCUGUGUGUUUGUCAGCUCGGUGCAGUACAUGUCUGAUACGUAUCAUGGGACGGUGAUUGCUAGCGCUGUGAGUGCGAAUGGUUUGGCGAGAUAUGGCUUCGCUGGAGCAUUUCCGCUGUUCACAAUUCAGAUGUAUCAAAAUCUUGGAAUCGACUGGGCAUGCAGUCUCCUCGGGUUUGUUGCAUUGCUUCUGUUGCCUAUCCCCUGGGUCUUGUUUAAAUACGGCCCCAAGAUUCGCGCAAAGAGCAAGUACGAAACUGUCGACUAUUCAUUGUAA